AUGGAUAUGAAUCAUAGAGAAGCAGUUUUUGUUAUGCUUGCAUUUAUGUUGUUUGCAUGGGGGAAUAAUGCACAAGAUGAUGAAACACUUGUUCCAGCAAUCAUAACAUUUGGUGACUCUGCUGUUGAUGUUGGGAAUAAUGACUAUCUUUAUACUCUUUUCAAAGCUAACUAUCCUCCUUAUGGAAGAGACUUUGCUAACCAUAAACCUACCGGAAGAUUUUGCAAUGGAAAAUUAGCUACUGAUAUUACUGCUGAAACGCUAGGUUUUAAGAGUUAUGCGCCCGCGUAUCUUAGCCCUCAAGCAAAAGGGAAGAACCUUCUUAUUGGAGCGAAUUUCGCUUCGGCUGCAUCUGGUUACGAUGAAAAGGCUGCCAUUUUGAAUCAUGCGAUUCCGUUGUCGCAACAGUUAAAAUACUACAAGGAAUACCAAAGCAAGCUUGCAAAGAUAGCUGGUAGAAAAAAAGCAGCAUCAAUUCUUAAAGGUGCAUUGUACCUAUUGAGUGGUGGAAGUAGUGAUUUUGUACAAAACUAUUAUGUGAAUCCUAUAGUCAACAAAGUUGUUACUCCUGAUCAAUAUUCUGCAUAUCUUGUGGAUGCAUUCUCAAGUUUCGUUAAGGAUUUGUAUAAAUUGGGAGCUAGAAAAAUUGGAGUGACUUCACUUCCACCACUAGGGUGCUUACCUGCUACAAGAACUUUAUUUGGAUUCCAUGAGAAAGGUUGUGUCACAAGAAUCAAUAAUGAUGCACAAGGAUUUAACAAGAGAAUGAACUCGGCCGCAGCGAAACUUCAAAAGCAACUUCCUGGUCUUAAGAUUGUUGUGUUUAACAUUUACAAACCUCUCUAUGAACUUGUUCAAUCCCCUUCAAAAUUCGGUUUUGCGGAGGCAAGGAGAGGCUGCUGUGGUGUUGGGACCGUAGAGACAACAUCCUUGUUGUGCAAUCAACAUUCAUUAGGAACUUGUUCUAAUGCAACACAGUAUGUGUUUUGGGACAGUGUUCAUCCUUCACAAGCUGCUAAUCAAGUUCUGGCUGAUGCAUUGAUUGAACAAGGCAUAAGCCUUAUCACUUAA